UAGGUACCUAGAGGUAUCUGUUGACGAGAAGAUGCAAUGGAAAAAUCAUCGCGCUGCUUCAAACAGCCAUACAGUGAUACUAAUCCAUCGGUGCUUUCAAGGAUGCAGGGAUAGGUUCACCAGCGUAUAUCUACCUACGUACGCUUCGGACACUCCAAGAUUCAAUCAUCCAUGUUCACCUUCGACCUGGUCAAAAACCCGUCGUGAUCCGCGGGUUACAACUCCAAGCUUAACUGCCUAUUCCUCCCAAAUCCGGUCAUGCCCGAUCGAUAUUUCACGCAGCCCAGGCAGAAACAGAGGCCAUGAUAAAGCUUAUUCCCUUCAUCCGCAGGGAGUGGGAUAUUGGAGGCGUUCGCCAUGGAUAAUGAGGAGCGAAAUCAGUGGACAGGAUGCCAUGUGUCUCGGGCACCGGCAUUCAGACCGGCAUCUCGCUGGGCUAUCGUCGGGGGUUUCUGACCACCUACCGUGCAAUGUGGCUGACUUUGGGGUGUUUGCUGGCUUGCUUGACUUCAGAGACUCCUUCGCUGCCAGCGGCUCGGAAACCGAAGAGGACGGUCGCCCUGGGGAUUCCAGAGCGAGCUCGAGCCACAGCAGCGGCGCGCCUGAGACAUCUCACGAUGCCGGACUCGGAUACGAAAGACAUAUCACCACGGAGAGAUUCCUGAUUCAGGCGGGUGUGUAACCGUUCCGCAAGCGAGCGACUAUCCGGGCAACAGUAGCUCCCCGUUUGUUUUUCGGACUUGGCUGUUCUUCAUGGCUCAGCUUUUGUGGGCGCGGCUUGCUAUCGAUGAGCAGUAUUGAGAUUAUGGGAAUAUUUUCCUCGACUAACUUGGAUCUCAUGGAAAGAUUCACCC